CAUUUGAACAGGCUCAUGGCUGCUGAACUUGAUGUUUUGGGGCAAUCCUAGAGGUCUACUUUUCUGAGCAGGAUGAAUGUGCAUUUCUGCCUUGCACAGAGUAAGAUCCCCGAUUGGGAUACAAAAGGACUUCUUCCCAGGUUGAGCGGAGGCACACGCUAAUGCCUGUGCAGGAUUCCCAUUCUUCUUCCAGCAAAUUUCAGGUAUGAGGGCCUGCGUAGUAUUUCUUUGCCUCCUGGCUGCAGCAUUCCCUUUAUCUGUAGAAAAUAAUCGUCAUGGAAAGCAGAGAACUUCCCACAGGGCCAACGAAAAGGACAUUGCCAUUGAGGAGUCCAACCAGGCACCAGUCCUGCCCACUUUAGUGGCUGUUGAAGCCAGUAACCAGGAGCAGGAAGAAGGGGAAGCGAGCGCGGAAGACAACGCUACCGUUGAGAAAAAGAGCGGCGCAUUUGAAAUGACGAAGGAUGAAAGCGAGGCCGUCCUCCUGAGUGAGGACGAUCUGGUGGACCUUCUGAAAAAGGAAGAAGCAGAAGAGGAAGAAGCAGAAAAACAAGAGAUGGGUGAAGAGGUGGACACAGGCGUUGAUGAAGAGAAGUUCAGACUAACAGAAGAAGUGCAGGAGAAGAAAUUGUUAAUGAUGCAAGAUGAGCGGGUCAAAAAUGAGAGUGUGGGAAGUGGCGAAAUGUUUGUGAAAGAAAGCAAAGAGUCGGAAGUGGAGAUGAAAACCCAGAAAAAUGGGGAUGAAUCCUUAGGAGAAGAAAAUGUUGCAUUUUCGGAAGAAUCUGAAGACAGCACAGAGUCCAAGAUACUGUCCACUCUUGACUAUGCUGGUGAUAGUGCAAUAGUGCCACCUCUAAGGCUAAUUCCAGCCAAAGAUGACAUCAAGUCUAUUUCUACAUCGGCUACUAAAGAGGAGACAUAUGCUGGUGGAGCCGUAGAUGUCCAAGUGAUGCAAAACAGUAAAGGAACAGAACAUCAAGGAGGGUCAAGUAAGGAUGAAAUUCAAAACAACAAGCCCAAAGACUCACAGACACAGCUGGCUGGAAAGGACGAGGUGAAAACUAACGUUGAGAGUGGGGACAAUGCCAGUGGAAAGACACAGAGACCAAAGAAGCAGCAAAGAACAAGGAAGCACUCGCCACAAAAGGAGGAAAAACAAAAUGAUCAGGAACUAAGCCACAAAGCGCCUCAAGAGAUGGGAGGAGGACCCAAUAACAGCACAGUUCAGAAGGCAAAAAGGAGAAGAGCAGGACAAUGGGGCCCUUUAGUAGGUGUCAACCCAGUGCAGAUAAGGGCCAAAGUGGAUCUCUACCCGAGUGCCAGGUCCUCUUCGCCCCCAGAAGCCCCUCCUGAUCCAUGCGAUGACUUCCGCUGCAAGCGUGGAAAAAUGUGCAAACUUGAUCAAGAUAAUAAGCCAAGUUGUGUCUGCCAGGAAUCCACAGAAUGCCCCCCCAGUUUGAAUGAGUUUGAUCACGUUUGUGGGACAGACAACAAGACAUACAGCACUUCGUGUGAACUCUUCGCCACGAAAUGCAAUCUGGAAGGCACCAAAAAGGGGCACAGACUUCAUCUGGACUACACAGGGCCGUGCAAAUUGAUACCUCCAUGUGUGGACACCGAGCUAGUCCAGUUCCCGCUGCGAAUGAGAGACUGGCUAAAAAAUGUGCUGCUGCAGCUUUAUGAACACGACUCCAUGUCCGCUGGCUACCUCACCUCCAAGCAACGAUUCAGAGUGAAGAAAAUCUUUGAGAGUGAAAGACGUCUUCAUGCUGGUAAUCACUCUGACGAGCUACUGGCUCACGACUUUGAGAAGAACUACAACAUGUACAUCUACCCAGUGCACUGGCAAUUUGCUCAGCUGGACCAGCACCCCUCUGACAGAGUGCUGUCCCAUUCAGAACUGGCUCCACUCAGGGUCCCUCUGGUACCUAUGGAGCACUGUACCUCUCGCUUCUUUCAAGAGUGUGAUGCCGACAAGGACAAGCAUGUGUCCCUUACAGAGUGGACUUCCUGUUUUGGCAUCAAGAGCAAUGACAUCGAUGUCAACCUUCUCUUUUAAGGACACACUGUUGCUCGCCAACAGUUGUCUCGACAUGGCAGAUGCUCCAACAGUUCCAUUCUGAGUAACACCCCCGAGUUGUACUCUUUAUGAGCAAAGGUAUUGAGACACACCUUUAAUUAAUGACUCAGGGGUUGGGCUAGACCUCUUAAGUUUCCUAUAAUUCAAGUACCGGUAUUCUACCUUAAUGAAGACAGUUUGGGCAAAUCAGGCUAUCAGCUGUGUGGGCAAAGUUUUGGGAAGAUCAUUUUCUGUUCCAGCAUGACUCUGCUUUAAUGCAGAACAGAGAUUGGAAAACAGUUCUUGGCACUAGCCUUACAAAUGUUAAAAUUAACAGAGCACAAAUUCCAACAUCUUGUAGAAAUCUGUUAGAGCUGCAAACUGCAGUCCAUAUUUUCUUUACUUGUCUAUGUAAUGACCUGACAUCCUAACACCUUGUAUCUGAGAACAACAUGCUUCAUUUUGUUUUUUACAUUUGAUACUAUUCUAUAUUUUAGACACCACCGCUACAAUUACUUUUUAUUUUUAUUUUUUUUCAAUGAAAGGUUAGAUAGAAUAAAAUCCCUUUUUUUAUGCUUUCCAAGCUGGGUAAACCUUUAGUGGAGAGUGUGUUGCACGGAGCACUGUCGCAGGCUUCCUAAUUACUGUAAUUGUUGUUGAAUAGAUUCUUUUUCGGCCUCAGUUAGGUUGGAAAAUUGCUUCUGAACUAUGUGUUACUUACUUUGCCUUAGAAGGUGUUUGUAUUUACACCCUAUAUCAU